CUAUUUCAGCAUAAUAUAGCUUUUUUCUUUUCUCCCGCACUCUUUUUUUCUUUCUUAGCUUCUCUUCUCUUUUACUGCUAAGGAAAAUGGUGUAAAGUGAAUAUUGCAGUUUAUUACAGAGACUUUGCCGCUUUUUCUUUUUACAUAUUUGCCUUGGAACAGACUAAGAGAGCCACCACCGAAGCAGAACAGCAGAGCUGAGAAAUUUCCUGCCUUUUCGGCCCUAUUUUACUUGUUCGAGCGAAGCCUCAUCGUCUAUUGGAUGGCAUCUAAAUGUGUAAAAUACAACAGCAGUAAUAGCAGCAUUUCAGGUUCUUCUGUUUCUUUCAGGUGAAAUGCCAAUUCACUGCUUCACCACUCCGCAGCAGCCUUCUUGUAUAUUACUCCUCCAAUUUUGAACCUGUUGGGGCUAAAAAUAACAGCCCUGAUCCAGUGUUUUGAGAGAUAAUUGCUUUGAAAUUCCCUAGCGGGUCGCAAACUGACCGGCACAAUUAAUUGUAUCCGCCGCGCUGUUGCGAUCCAUUUUGAUACCUUUUCUUUGUGGUAAAAUUAAACUUCUGCACAAAUUGUUUGUUCACAAUCUUAAUCAAAACGUUUGCAAAAAACAGAAGAAUGGGAAAUAUUUAGUACCAAAAACAUACUUUAUUCUUACAGCUAGUUGUGAUUUUUCCUAAGAUUAGAGGAAAAAUAGCAGAGUUUAUCGUUACUGAAGGAGAAAUUUCAAGCGAUAUUUGUAUUCAUGUUUUCUUGCCGUCUUCAUUCAUCAAUUAUUCUGAUCACUUAACAAGUAUUGAUUGCUUUUAAACCACAAAACUAUUUCCUUAUUUUGUAGUCUUCUUGUUUUACAUAAUCUACCUACAAAGUGGUCAUUCAGAGGACAUUAUUAUCCAUUAUCCUUCCCAAACGACUGUUUACAAGCGAGCGCAGAAGUACAUCUUCAUUUGCAUAUUUCACUGCGUCAUAGCUAUAGCAAUAUGAGCAACCCCAGUUUAAUGAAGCAAAUGUGCUGACCGUUUUUUUCAACUGAUCACAAACAACAGGACAGCUCGCCCUCGUCUAAACCUCUGAGUGUCAUCUUCUUCUUCUAUUACUCUUUGGAGGCGUCUGUUGUGAGUUGAGAUAAUGCCCCUCCCUCCGGUAGCCGAGAUCAACAAUGGGUCCUCAAAGAGAAUAUCCAGCGACAAUGGCACUACACCGACCACUGGAACUGCCUCCAUGUUGGACACUACUCCGCCCCUACAGGAGAAUGUACACCCAAAUCACGCCCUCUUUAAAAAGAUGGAGUUGCUGGUGGAGAGGAUGCAGGACGAGAAGGAGGGAGUGCCAAUCAAGAACGCCAAGUCAUUUAUGUCCAAAGUGCCCAGUGUGUUCACAGGCGCUGACUUGGUGCAAUGGCUCAUGAAAACUUACGACGUCGACGAAUCAGUUUCAGAAGCGGUGAGUCUGGCUUCUCUCACAGCAGCUCAUGGCUACUUCUUCCCCAUAGAUGGACACAACCUCACAGUCACCAACGACGGCACCUUCUAUCGGUUCCAGACGCCCUACUUUUGGCCUUCAAACUGUUGGGAACCGGAGAACACAGACUAUGCAGUGUACCUGUGCAAGCGGACAAUGCUCAACAAAACCAGACUGGAACUGGCGGACUAUGAAGCAGAGAGUCUCUCGAAGUUACAGAAAAUGUUCAGUCGCAAUUGGGAGUUCAUUUUCAUGCAAGCAGAAGCCCAGGCCAAGGUCGAUAGAAAACGAGACAAAAUGGAGCGCAAAAUUUUAGACAGCCAAGAAAGAGCUUUUUGGGAUGUCCACAGACCUAUGCCCGGCUCAGUGAACACAACGGAAAUAGAUAUCAGGAAGUCGUGCAAGCUACACAAACCUCUCAAAACACGCAAAGCCAACUACAACGUCCCAGGAGGCAGACUUAGUCCCUCUCUGUUAAACAAAAAGAACAGUCUAGUCAACGGACAAGCAUCAUCUCCACACACUACAACAACAGCAACAGCAGACGACUCAAAUAACAACCAGGAUACCGGGAGUGGAGGCGGAGCACCAGGCAAAAAGACAUCGGUAUCGGGAUCCCCUCCGAUGAGUGGUGUGGAUCUGGCAGCCAGCUCCUCGGAGGACCUGCACCAGAUGAGGGAUCUCCUCAAGCAUAGACUGAAUAAAAGUCACGUCAAGAUGUCAAAAGUGGCAGAUUUUUUGAUCCAAUCAUGUGAGCAGUACAAAGAGUAUGACCCGAUGCUGACCCCGGCUGAACCCUCUAACCCCUGGAUCUCGGAAGAGACCACGUUUUGGGACCUGGAGAAGAACACGAAGGACUACUCGACGCGGCGCGUGAAGCGAUGGGCAUUCUCAAUAGACGAAGUGCUGCGAGAUCCGGCUGGAAAAGAGCAGUUUGCCAAGUUCCUAGCCAAGGAGUACUCAAUAGAAAACCUCAAUUUUUACAACCAAGUGCAUGAGUUGAAGAAGGUGAGUGAGAAGGAAGUGGUGGAGAAGGUGAAGGCCAUCUGGGCAGAGUUCCUGGACCCUAACAGUGCCCUGUCCCCUGUGAACAUAGACAGCAAGUGCAUGGACAAGACAAGGAAGGAGACCCAGGGACCCAACCCUGGCAGACACACCUUCGACGACGCCAGAGACCAUAUCUAUAAACUAAUGCGAAGUGACAGCUACCCGAGGUUCAUCAAAUCAGAGCAAUACAGAGAGCUAAUAGCCGCCAAGCGAAAGGCUAACUCCUCCUCCGCCUCUACUUCGGGCGGGGGAAUGACUGGAAACCUCAUCACGAGGUCCAGUAAGUGGCAAGUUGCCAGAAAACACAUGGAGGUAACGUAUGGCGGGAAACGUUCUGCUGCAGCUGCUGCUUCUGAUGCUGGCACUUCUAGCAGACCGGGCAAUUAGCCGAAACAAGAUCCCUGAUGCCUAUACGAUUAAGUACUUCGACGAGUCCUACUAACACUUCAUAGACACUUCUCUACUGCAACAACUCUGUCUUGACCCCUGGCCUUGGUGGUAACCUUUGACCCCUCAUUUCUGCGACCUCUUCUAAUUACUUCAUCCUUCAAUCCCCAUGUGUUGACAUCAACAUCCAACUGAACCGGAAAAUCAAAAAUGUCUUCAUGCUUUCAAAGUGGUGAACAAGAAGAAAAAUCAGAUGGAUAGUAUUGGUUCACAAGCAAACAAAUCAUCAAGUAUUUAUAAUUGAGAAAUUAUAUGAAAAGUGGUGCAAAUAGUUAAAUUAAAAUUACACGCUCAUUAACUCGCAGUUGAAUCAUAAAGGCACUCAGCUGAAAAACUGUAUACGUAUCCGAUUGGGCCAUUUGAAAUUAAUUUCAAUAUCCCCCCCCCCGCAAAAAAGUAUGAAACAUGACAAAGAACUCUGCUUGGCUAUAAACCCUAGUAAUAUGUCAUCUUAAAUUCUGUUACAUAUAUGAUAACAUAAAAUUGAUUUAAUCUGCUUGUUGAUUAAUGGUUUUAUGGCCAUUAAAUCAGAAGCUGACGUUCUUCUGACAUGAUUUGAACUCCAAAAAUGGCACUAAUCAGGUCUUUUUGGUUUUUAUACUUUUUAAAUUAGACUGUAGUUUUCUGAAUACAAUUUUGUGAUGACUUUUCGAUCUCGAUCAUUUCUUUCAGCCAAUCAGGUUGCUUUAUUGCCAAGAAUUGAAGGUAUUCAUGCUAUCUUGGUGAUGUAACCGAAAAGACCCCUACAUUAAAAUUAAUUUAGUAAUUUGGGUUAUAUUUGCUGCAAAUUCUACUUAACCUAUUCUGCUUGCAGUGUAGUGUGGUACCUACCUUGAAACUCUGUUAAUUUAAAAAACUAUUAAUAAAUUGUAAAUAGUUUUCUAUCUGUGAUCAGGAAGCUUUUUAGAAUUAAUCAUUUGGUGCAAAACUUUACUUAAUUUUAUUAGAGUAGACAACAAGCUUGGACUGGGAAACGGAGUUGACAAAAAUCAAGGAAAUCAAGUUAAGGAUAGCGUUUAGUCAUCACUGACAAACAUAGACUAGGUUUUAUUAAGAAUUUCAAUACACUUUGGCAGCUCUGCAAUUAUCAGAAAAAAUCAUCUUCUGUGAAUUUUGCUUUUAGGCUGAAAAUGGUUUGAUGAGAUUCUAAACAGUUUUCCCAGACUCAACUUGUGAAGUACUAUUAAAGUUAUAUCGUCAUCUAGUUUUCUAAGAAUUAAAGUACGUCAUUUUAUUCAUCCUUCAAAUGCUAUAAUCACCUCUCACUUCAAGUCUAUUAAGAGUCGAUGAACGUAGUUCAGACUCUUAUACAGGUCGUGAUGGUUUUUUUGUGUUUUAUCAAGCUCAAAUUUAUUUUUCGCGGUCUGAAUUUCUUUUCAAAAUCAGUUUUAAAAGGAAAGCGAACUCCACUAUCUAACAGCAAAAUAGUGAAGGUCAC